GAAUAUUUUAUUAUAAGACGUAACUUCAUUAAAAUUUUAUUUUUCGAAAAAAAUUUAUUUUUCAAGAUAGACAAAAGAAUGAUUGAUUUUUCUUUUUUUUUAUUUUAAUUUAAUUUUUCGUUUUGACAGAUUUAGUAACCUUUUUUAAAUUUCCAAGUAUAAAAUUAAAAAAAAUUUUUAAAAAAUGUAGAAAAAAAUUUUGAUUGCAAAUUCAUAUAAUAAUUUAUUCCAAUUUAUUAUUAUUUUUUUGCAUAAUAAAUUAGUAUGUAAAGAGAAAAAAAAUGUCUGUUGAAAGUCUUACACAAUUGAGCAAAUCUACUACAGAUUCUUUAGGAAGUAUUUUACUAAAAGAAAAUCCUCAUUGGAAUCGUCACAUUAAACAAUACGAACUGCCUUCAAAAAAUAUUCGUAAUUUAAAUACCAUUUCAAUGGCAUUAAUGUCUGUAGUAGCAAAAAAGAAAAAGGAAAUUAAGAAACCCAUAAAUAAUUCAUUUAAAGUUAAAACAGCUGCAUUAUUAUAUGAAAUAACAGAACGAAUUAAUCAAUUAGCUGAACCGAAAAAUCGUUUAAAUAAUUGUGAUAAGAAAAAUUCUCAUCAGAAAAAUAAAUUUAAUCGUAUUCUCGAAAUAUCAUCUCGUUUAAUCGAACUCUCUAAACCGAGAGUUCCGUUUAAAGAAAAUUUAAAACCAUCAUUCAAUGUUUCUCCAAAAGCUUUAAACGCUAUUGCGACUCCAAGGAUUCUUGAACUUUCAAAGCCUCGUAUUAAAAUCAAUUCAAAAUUCCAUCGUAAAAAGAAAUUUUAUUCUUAUGCUACUUGUAGUUCACGAAUUGAAUAUCUUUCAAAACCAAGACUUUAUCAUCAUAAUCAGAAGGGAAAAAUAAAAUUUUCCAAACGAAAUAAUUUAUCAUCGCAAAAAAAAAGAAAAUCGCGUGUCAGUGAAAAAUUGAAGAAAAGAAAAGAUGAACAUAAAAAACAAAACCAUAUAAUUCACUCCAAUUCGAGUAGAUCAGUGAUUUUAAUUUCACGUUUUAAUAAAUCUGUAGAAAAAUCGAAAUCUCGUGAAAAUCAUCAUAAAAGUAAAAUAAAGAAGGGGAAAUUAACGUGGAUGAGAAAAUUUAUCAAGAAUUAUCCAUUAAGUACAUUAAGUAACAUCAGUAGUAAUCAUUGUGUCACAUCUUAAAAAAGAUAUAUUGGAUAACGAUAUAUAUGAUUAUAUCUCUUAAUCAAAUAUAUAAAUAACAUUUUUCU